GGUUCCUCCGUUUGCGGCAAUGAGCGACUGUUCGCUGUUGCUCGGGAAACUACGAAUGUUGAACUCUCUGCCUUAGGUCCCAUCCUUGCAUCAUCAUCUGUUGAUGGCGUGAUACCACCACUAUGUAGGGCGAACAUGUCAGAAGGUGCAGUAACACCCCGUCGACAAGAAGUGAUCGGCUCAAUGCAGUUUGCUGGCGUUGUUCUUAUGGAACAGCCCUCACCCAGUCGGACACCGACUGUUAAGGCAGAGCGGCGAAGACCUGCUUCACGCCCUACUCCUAGCGUGCCUUCUUCAACACGUCCAUCCCUAUCUGCCCGUCCUUCGGGACGCACACCCGUUGCCGUUAUGGAUGCUCAUCUUACCUUUGAUUCCGUAUCCACUCCUCUCCACAAUCCUCCCCCGGCUCCACUUUUCAACUCUGAUGACAGUACUUCCGCGACAGCAUACUCCUCAUCGAUAUCCCAUGCACCUGCCCUGGUACCUGGUCCCAAUGGCGCAGGUGUGGUAACAUGGUAUGGGUGUUCUUCGCAUCCUGGAAUCUCGUUUAAGGAUCAUCAUGAAGCAAAAGAACAUGUCAGUGAAUACAAUUGCUCCAAGACGAUGAUGCAACGUGAAUUGCAUGAUCGGUAUUGGUGCAGCAGAUGCGGGUUUUUGAGUCACCGCAAUUGUGAAGCCGAGAUUUCUCAACAUGUCGAUGCGUGCACGACGAAUACAGAAGAACCAGAUGAUCUGAGUCUUAUGCUAUGGAACGAAGAUUCCCGGACUUCAUCAUCGGCUCCUCGCCGUAAACCUCGAAAAGCUCGAAGGACAUCUAACAUGUUGUCUGCGCGUGGGAAGCGUAUAGUUAGUGAGAGUGAUCCAGGUUCUUCCUUAUCUCCAUCAGUAUCAUCUAUCCCUCCCGGGGAAUCUCUGCCGGCUUCUGGGCGUUUCGCUCAUGAAGAUAUGCCGGACUCCGUGCUGGCAGGCUCUGCAUCGUCGAUGGGUUUCCCAGCAUUUGACGCUUUGGUGCCCGGCCCAGCCCGCAUUCUUUCCUCCAAACCAGGCGAUGCGGUGAGGAAUGUGGCAAAGGGGAAAACUGCCGCAGUCGCGAAGUCGACAAAACGCGCACCGAGUAGCGACACGUCUGAAACGAAAGUUUCACAUUCAGCUCAGGAGCAUCCAGAAGCUCUGUAUUCCCGCGCCGGUCGCCCCUUACGUAGUGCUAGUAUAAGGGCUCAAGAAGUGAUGACUGCGACGUUGCGAGAGUUGGGCGAAUUAACUUCGACGCCGAAGAAGGCCGUAGUUCCGCGUUUAUAUGUUGAGAAUCUGGAUGCGAAAUCGUCCAAUAUCAGGAAGAGGAAGCGCGCUUCGCCUUCAGCGUAUCAGUCAGAUAUGGCUGCAUCUGGGAUGCAAAAGCCUUCUGUCAUACCGCUUAAACCGAUUCACAGGAAGCUGGAGGCAGACCCAAAUGGAAAUCAGAAGGUUUUCGUGCUGACCACCCAACCAAGUUGGCUACUCCCUGUUUACGAGGAAGACAGCGUGCCCCGUCACGAUAGGCGUUUUAUUCAGCUGCGGCCUUGCAACUCGAUAGAUCCCCAGCCAAGGGCUGGGAUGUGCAGACCUUGCCGAGAGAAGAAGAAGGGAGGCGCGUGCGGUUAUAUCAAUUUGCGAGAGCUUUUCAUGCUCGACGGUGCUUACGUUGGUCAAAAAUUCGUUUCCUCGGAAGCCGAGGUGCCUUUGACCUUUGGGUCCUUCUUCACUGAUGGUUGGAACCUGGAUUCGCCAACGUCCAUUACAAUGAUUAAGACCUCUAUCGCUAGGGCCCUGAUCCCGUUGUUAGAACAGGAGCUCCGACACCUUGAACUGCCGAAUUUGAUUCGUCGAUCUCGUGAGGUCUCGGUUCGCGCUACAUGCGACCUCUGUAUGACAUCGAUUUUUGCGGGUUGUUGGAUGGGAGGAUGCUGCGGCAGGGAGCUCUGCUCGGAUUGUUAUGAUCGAUUACGCGAAUAUGACCAUGAGGCCCCCCAAGAAGGCUACGUUCAUUUCCUGAACCGACAGGAUCCCGAGAAGCGGAGGCGACUUUAUUGCGGUUUCAAUCAAGCCCACUAUUCUAGCACUUUUAUUCCCGUCUCACGUUUUGACAGGCCACACGUUGAAAGGGUGCUCAAUGUCAUGAAACUCCUUGCUCCUCCGCACGAUAUAGCCCUUCCAGACCGCAACGACGAGCUCCCAAGUUGUUUUGCACAACCAUUCGAGACCCUACUCAUCUCCAACAGCACUGUUCCUUACACCAUUGAAUAUCCUUCAGAUCCUUGCGGUGUCCCAAGCCACCCCCUCCUUGUCUUUCCUUUGGAUUCUAUCACCAAUGACACCUUUCCGACCGUUUGGGACCGCGGAGAGCCUCUUGUAGUAGAAGGUUGCCUCAAGCGGUCGCAAUCAGAGUGGACCCCGGAGUACUUCCGGAGGAACUAUGGGGACCAGGAGUGCAUCAUCAUAAAUUGUCAAACAGAAGAGAAACAGGAGAGCACUGUUGCUGAGUUCUUCGCACAGUUUGGCAAGUACGCUGGGCGCAAUGCAUGCUUUAAACUUCGGGACUGGCCGCCAACCCAAGACUUUCGCCAAACUUUCCCUGAACUGUAUGAUGACUUCAGUGCAAUAUUGCCCGCCCCGAUCUAUACCAGACGCGAUGGUAUCAUGAAUAUAUCGGCACACUUCCCUAUAAAUGCUGUUGCACCAGAUCUUGGUCCCAAGAUGUACAAUGCCUUUGAGGCAAGCGAGGGCGAGGGAGGCAAGGGCUCAACGAGAUUACAUAUGGAUAUGGCUGACGCGGUGAACAUCAUGAUGUAUGCUGCCAAGCGUGCGGAUGGUUCAGAUGGUCAUGCCGUGUGGAACAUUUAUCGUGCGGACGACUCAAAACUCAUCCGGGAGUUUCUGGAUGAACAUUUCCCCAACGCGAUCGAAGGAUUAGACCCUAUCCACACACAAAUCCAUUUCCUCGACACUGCACUGCGGAAGCAGCUCUUCGAGGAGAAAAAAGUCAAAAGCUAUCGCAUCGUCCAGAAACCGGGGGAUGCCGUUUUCAUUCCUGCAGGCUGUGCCCAUCAGGUUUGCAAUGUAGGUGACUGCAUAAAGGCCGCCGUCGACUUCGUCAGCCCAGCUAACGUCAGCCGCUGUGAGAAAUUGACCCAAGAGUUCCGUGAGCAAAACCGGGCGGUCGCAUGGAAGGAGGAUGUACUCCAACUCAAGACUAUGAUGUGGUAUGCAUGGGAAUCAUGCACAAGGAUGGAAGAAGAGGAGUCGGAAUGUGAUGUCUGAGCUGAAACAUUGACGUCUACAAGCCACCCGGCCUAAAUUGGAUGAGUAUGGACGCCGUUUCUCAUAAUUUACUGUAGUUUAGUCCCGAUCGAUUUCUGUCUCAUGGUUCAUUCAUGUAUUCAGACUCACAGUCCGCUGAGUGAAAGGGAUCAGUCAAACCUACAAAAUUGCAUUGCCAAGUCACUCAAUCGUACGUGUAUAACCCAAAACAUCAAAGAC